AUGUUGGAGUCUGCAUUUAUUUAUCACAAUGUUUUUAAUCACUACGCAAUUCGAGAUGGUAACUACAAAUGGUUGCCUAAUGAUUCAGAAUGGGUUAAAUAUGAUAAAAUCAGAAAAUUUCUUUCAGUUUUCAAUAAUGUUACGAAGAUGCUAUCUGGCACUUUAUAUCCUACUUCAAAUAUAUUUUUACCUGUAGUUCUGCAUGUUAAGAAAAUUUUGAUGGAAGAGUCAUUCUCAGAAGAUGAAUACAUGAAGAAUAUGACUACAAGCAUGCAAAUCAAAUUCAAUAAAUAUUGGGGGGAAUGUAAUCUUCUUAUGUCUAUUGCAGCAAUUUUGGAUCCUAGACUAAAACUAAAAUUUAUUAGUUACACAUUCCCGAAGAUAUACGCACAUGACGAGGUUGAGCAAAAUCUAAAAACAGCUCAAGAUGCCUUGUGGGAAAUAUAUGCAGAUUAUGUUGUUGAGUGCAAUGUUUCUAAUGAGAGAUUUUCAUCUGCAAUUGAUUCUGCCAGUUCCUCAAGUCAUUUUGACGCAAUGUUUGGGUUUCAAGAUUUUGUUGUAGCUUCCGGUUCUGUAGAACCAUCGAAACCCGAUUUACAAGUAUACCUUGAAGAGGGAUUAUUCGUGGGUUCUAAUGAAAAUUUUGAUGUGCUCGAUUGGUGGAAGAUGAAUACAUUGAAGUACCCCCAACUUUCAAUUAUGGCUCGUGAUAUUCUAUCAAUACCUAUAACAACGGUUGCCUCAGAAUCAGCUUUUAGUGCAGGUGGUAGGGUCUUGGAUGAUUACAGAAGUAGUUUAUCUACUAAAACUGUUAAUGCAUUGAUUUGUGCUUCCAGUUGGAUUCGCUCUACUCAACAAAAUGCAAAGACAGUAACGGUAAUCAAAUGA